AUGCACCCUUUACCCAAGAUACCUCCACCAUUUCCCCAACGUUUGAAAAAGAAGAAUGAAGAUGAGAAGUUCAGAAAAUUUUUGUCAGUAUUCAAGAACUUAUCAAUUAACCUUCCUCUGGUGGAAGCAUUGUUGGAAAUGUUGGGAUACGCCAAAUUCAUAAAAGAGCAGGUUACAAAGAAAAUGAGCUUGGACUAUGAAAUGAUUGAGGUGCCCCAUAGUUGCAGUGCAAUUAUGACAAAUCAGUCAAUCACUAAGAAAGAAGAUCCUGAGGCAUUCACAAUCCCGUGCACAAUUGGCAUGCUCCAAUUCGCUAAAGCUUUGUGUGAUUUAGGAGCAAUUAUUAACUUGAUGCCCUAUGCAAUAUACAAGCAACUUGGUUUGGGUGAACCAAAGGCAACCACAAUGAGACUCCUUAUGGCUGAUCGAUUCAACAAGCACCCAGUGGGGAUACUCUAUGACAUAUUGGUAAAAGUGGAUCGGUUCAUCUUUCCGGCUGAUUUUGUGAUUCUAGAUUGUGAAAUCGAUGCUGAAAUCCCCAUUAUUUUAGGAAGGCCAUACUUAGCUAUCGAGAGAGCAUUGGUGGAUAUCGAAAGCGGGAAAUUGAAGUUCUGUGUGAACGAUGAUGAGGUGACCUUCAAUAUCUGUAAAUUCAUGAAGCAACAAAGUAAUAUCCAUGUGGUGUCUACUGAGGAUGUUAUAGUUGAGGCAGUGGCAAGUGUGAGCCAUUUAAUGCGAAAGAAUGAACCCCUUGAAUCUGUAAUUGCCAAUUAUGAUGAAUCAGAAGUUCAAGGCUAUGAGGAAGUGAUAGCUUCCUUAUCGGGGUUAGGAGUAUAUUCAAGGAAUCAAAUCAAGUUGGAUAUCAACCUGAAAAAUAGAGAAAGUCCUCCUGCAAAGCCAUCAACAGAAGAACCACUGAGUCUUAGAGUGAAAUUGCCCAUUGAAGUACUGCGGAAACAUAUAAAAGCUAUUGGAUGGACAAUAGCCGAUAUAGUAGGGAUUCCUUCUGGCAUCUGUACUCACAAGAUUCAGCUCUACAGUGAAUAUAGUAAGUGGGUAAGUCCGGUGCAAUGUGUACCGGAAAAUGGAAGUAUAACCGUAGUCCCAAAUGCAAAAGGAGAACGUGUGCCGACAAGACCAGUGACUGGGUGGAGAGUAUGCAUGGACUAUCGAAAGCUUAACUCACGGACCGAGAAAGACCAUUUUCCAAUGCCCUUUAUGGACCAGAUGCUUGACCGGUUCUCAGAAAGAGGGUGGUCUUAUUUUUUGGAUGAGUACUCCGGUUACAAUCAAAUCUCUAUUGCACCGGAAGACCAAGUGAAAACCACUUUUACUUGCCCUUAUGGAACAUUUGCAUUCGAAAGGAUGUCAUUCGGUCUAUGUAAUGCCCCAUCAACAUUUCAGCGUUGCAUGUUGUCUAUUUUUGCGGAUAUGGUUGAAGACUCUAUGGAGUGUUUGAAAGAGAAACUAGUAUCCACCCCGAUCAUUAUCAGCCCUAACUGGUCUGAAUCUUUUCAAUUAAUAUGUGAUGCUAGCGGCACCAAAGUAAUCGUACAUACUGAUCGUGCUGCACUCCGUUACUUGAUGGCAAAGAAAGAUGCAAAACCAAGAAUGAUAAGGUGGGAGCUACUAUUUCAGGAAUUUGAUUUUGAGGUGUUUGCAAUAUCUCUCAAAUAUACGCCAUGGUAUGCAGAUUUUCCAAAUUACAUUGUGUGUGGGCUGAUGCCGGAUGAGUUGACCUUUUACAAACAUAAGAGGUUCAUGUUCGAUGUUAAAAAGUACUUUCGGGAUGAACCAUACUUGUUUCGAGAGUGUGUUGACCAUGUUAUUAGAAGGUGUGUUUCGGAAGAAAAAGCGGUGGAAAUUCUCCAUGCUUGUCAUACAUCUCCAGUGGGAGGUCACCAUGGUGGUAUUCGCACCGCCGCUAAAUUGGUUUAUGGUAAGGCUUGUCAUUUGCCCAUUGAGUUAGAACACAAAGCAUUGUGGGAAUUGAAAGUUUUAAAUUUGGACUGGUUAAAAACUUCAAGGGAGAGAGUAGAGCAGCUGAACGAACUGGAUGAAUUUAGACUCAGAUCGUAUGAAAGUUCAGCCAUCUACAAAGAGAAGAUGAACGAAUGGCAUAAUGCUCGGAUACUCAAGCGGAACUUCAAGGUGGGAGAUUGGGUUUUGAUAUACAACUCUCGACUUAGACUUUUUCCCGGAAAUAUCAAAUCCAAAUGGUCUGGACCCUUUAGAGUAACGCGAGUGUUCACUAAUGGUGCGAUAGAAGUUGAAGACCAGGAAGGACCUCCAUUUAAAGUGAAUGGUCAAUAA